GCGGGACGGGCGGUGGGAGGGAGGCCUGCCCGGAAAGUCUCUCUGAGAGGCGCCAUAUGAUGAUGGAUCGGAGGAAGCGGGACGCCGAUUGGGCGCUCUGGGGAGGGCAGCGAUUGGCAGGAGGACUCCUCGGGGCGGUCCAUUCAAAGGAAAGAGGAAGAGCAACCAGGAAGACACCUCGCAGCGAAGUCCCGCCUCCACUUCCGGAAACAAACAGAACCGAGGAGCCCUAAUUGAUUCAUCCACGGGCGGGCUCGGAGCCAGAAGGAAGGAAGGAGGCGCCGCCUGAGAGGAGAGGAGGCCCCGCGGAGCAGCCCCGGGAGGAGACGGCGGGGGAGGCCCGGCAGGGAUGAGCCGAAGGGGACUCCGGGAAAGGAGGCCACCUGGAGGGAGAAGCGGGGAGCAGGAAACGGGCGGAGACCCCGAGACGGGCCUGGAGGGCAGAGGGACCUUCAGAAGAGGCGGAAGACCCGGGAAUCCCCAGAGAAUGCAGAAGGGAGGAAAGAAAUAUGAAUGCGCAGAAUGUGGAAAAUCUUUCAAAACAAAUACAGUUCUUGUAAACCACCUAAGAAUCCACACAGGAGAGAAACCUUUUAAAUGCCUGGAGUGUGGAAAGAGCUUCAGUCAGAGGGGACACCUUUAUAUACAUCAAAGAAUCCACUCCGGAGAAAAACCACAUAAAUGCCUGGAAUGUGGAAAAAGCUUCAAUCGGAGGGGACACCUUUAUACACAUCAAAGAAUCCACUCAGGAGAGAAACCUCAUAAAUGCCUGGAAUGUGGAAGAACCUUCAGACAGAGCAGCAACCUUUAUACACAUCAAAGAAUCCACUCAGGAGAGAAACCGCAUAAAUGCCUUCAGUGUGGAAAGAGCUUCAGUCAAAGGGGACACCUUUAUACUCAUCAAAGGAUCCACUCAGGAGAGAAACCGCAUAAAUGCCUGGAGUGUGGAAAGAGCUUCAAUCUGAGGGGAAACCUUUAUACACAUCAAAGGAUCCACUCCGGAGAGAAACCGCAUAAAUGCAUGGAGUGUGGAAAGAGCUUUAGUCAGAGGGGAAGCCUUUAUAAACAUCAAAGGAUCCACACUGACAAACCAAAUAAAUGCCUGAAGUGUGGAAAGAGCUUCAAUCUGAAGAGCACCCUUUAUACACAUCAAAGGAUCCACUCGGGAGAAAAACCACAUAAAUGCCUGGAGUGUGGAAAGAGCUUCAGUGUGAACGGAAGCCUUUAUAAACAUCAAAGGAUCCACACAGGAGAAAAACCUUAUAAAUGCCUUGAGUGUGGAAAGAGCUUCAGUGUGAGUGGAAGCCUUUAUGUACAUCAAAGGAUCCACUCAGGAGAGAAACCGCAUAAAUGCCUGGAGUGUGGAAAGAGCUUCAGUCAGAGGAGCAGCUUUAACGUACAUCAAAGUAUCCAUUCAGGAGAGAAACCACAUAAAUGCCUGGAGUGUGGAAAGACUUUCAGUCGCAGGAGCAACCUUUAUACACAUCAAAGGAUCCACUCAGGAGAAAAACCACAUAAAUGUCCGGAGUGUGGAAAGCACUUCAAUGUGAGGGGAAGCCUUUUUAAACAUCAAAGGAUCCACACAGGAGAAAAACCUUAUAAAUGUCUGGAGUGUGGAAAGAGAUUCAGUCAGAGGAGCAGCCUUUACGUACAUCAAAGAACCCAUUCAGGAGAGAAACCGUAUCAAUGCCUGGAGUGUGGAAAGAGGUUCAGUCUUCAAGGAAACCUUUAUACACAUCAACGAAUCCACUCAAGAGAGAAAGAGUAUAAAUGCCUGGAGUGUGGAAAGAGCUUCAGUCAGAGGGGAAGCCUUUAUAGACAUCAAAGAAUCCACACAAGUGGAGAAACCCUAUAAAUGCCAAUGUAGCUUGGAACCAUUGCAGUUACCUUUUUAAAAAAAAUAACGGCUGCUAGCCAGCUCAAGCAUCUUCAGCUGGCAAAAGCAAAAACCAGAGCUGGCUCGGCACUUGUUUGGCCAUGUGGCCAUGGACAAAAAAAACCCCAAACCCUGCCAACGUCUUGUAGCCCCGAACAGCCAAGGAAAGUCAGAGAGAUAAAAAUGGCCACCACGGCAUUAGUGAUUGAAACCAAGUCACAUGGCUAGACAGACCUUUUUGGUCGCAAUUCUGAAUUUCUAAUGUAAGUACCCUUCCUGAAUUAAUUAAAUCAUUUUUGUGAAAAGUGGCUCAAUGAACUCUCGUAUCUGGGGGACUAUCUGUAAAUGCCUCCAGUGUGGAAAGAGCUUUACUGAAAGUCAAGGUCUUCAUAAACAUGAAAGCAUUCACAGAGGAGAAAAAGCACAUAAAUGUCGGGAAUGUGGAAGUAGCUGUAGUCAGAGGGGAAACCUUUACGGACAUCAAAGACUCCAUUCAGGAGAGAAACCAUAGAAAGAGUGGAAAGAGUUUCUGUGGGAAGUCUUUAUCAGCAUCAAUCCACUCUGGAAAAAAACAAUACAAAUAUCUUGAGUGUGGAAAGAGCUUUAUUGUUUGUGGACACCUUUAUCAACAUCAAACAAUUCAUGUGGGGGAAAAAAACACUAAAUAUGCCUUCAGUCACAACGGUGCCACUGGAAUAACAAUAGCAUUUAGGCUAAUGUGCCGCCCCAUAUGCUUUACAGCACACUCUGGGAGAUUUCCAACAUAAACAUUAUUUGCAUAUUGCCACCAACAAUCUGGGUCCCCUUUUUACCAUCCUCACAAGGAUGGAUGACAGUCAAGGCUUAAGCGCUCUCAGAAUCAAACUCCAGGCUGUGGACAGUCUGCCUGCAAUACUGCAUUAAGAAGCUACUUGAAUGAUUAUCCCAGAGAAAAUACAGCUCAUUAAGAAAGGCGUCAACUCUUACCCUUCAUUGCCAUCUCAACCUUUGUGUGUCAACAUGAGUAUAUAUUGUAUUCUCAGCCCAAACAUUCAGGAGUAAGUAAACUUAUGGACAGCACCAUUUUAUUAUUCACUUUAUUGCUACACUCUCUUUAAUGAUUGUGCUCUUCUGUGAUACCAAAUAGUGGAACUUUCAAGGGCUAUUCCUGCACACCCAGGAAUUUGAUGCAGGUAACCGUCUGCACAGGUGAAUCAUUCAUGCACAGAGAAGUGUGGCUGUGCCUGCCUGUUCUCAAAUCGACAAGGAUUUUUAUGGUUUUUCCAGUAUUUAAAACUAGGCUGUUUUCCUUACACCAGAUCACCAACCCUUCAACCUCCUUGCAGUAAGCUCCCUCAUUGUCAUCAUGAAUAAGACCCGCUACUGUUGUAUCAUCUGCGAACUUCACAGUAUGGUUGGUGGCAAACCUAGGAUAACAGUCAUGGGUGAACAGGGUGAACAGUAGCGGACGUGGGACGCAGCCCUCAGGAGAAACUGUGCUCAAGAAAAUGGUAUUAGGGGUAUUUGUUCCAACUUGCACAUAUUGCAGCCUUUGGUAAGAAAAUCAAGAAUCCAGUUACACAGAGUGUUUAAGCCCCAAAGGCCCAAUUUGUCUACUAGAUGUUGGGGAAUGAUUGUGUUAAAUGCCGAACUGAAAUUGUGUGGUUGAAAUUGUACCUUUUUGUAGCAGCCUCAUUUGAGUCUUGGCACUUUUUCCCAUAUCAGCGUUCUCGUUUUAAUGCAAUGCACAUUUCAAUGGUUAUGCUUAAUAUUAUGGGAUUUUACUGUCCAUGUCUCUGGCGUAACUGAGCAGGGUGAUUUCUUUCAUCCAAUGAAGUCUUGUUUUGUACUUUUUCUACUAUAAGGCGAAUAAAAUGAAACCUGUGUUCACAC